GACACACCCCCCCACAUUUUAAGCACCUAAAUAGCUACAAGAAGAACAAAACCUCCUCUCUCUCUCUCCCUCUCUCUCUCAAAGGAAAAAGAAAAGUUUAUUCUUCUGGAAAUAGCAAAAAGGGGAAUGCAAUAGGAUUUUUUUAUCUAAACUAAGGUGUAGAUUUCAGUCUUUCUCUUAAAACAGAGGACUAUCCUUCAAGAAAACAGAGGAAACAGAGCAAAAAGAAAGUAAAAAACAGAGCAGGAGGGACAGAGAAAAGAGAUGGGAGGGGUGACAUCGUCCAUGGCGGCGAAAUUUGCCUUCUUUCCACCAAACCCACCAUCAUACAAGCUAGUAACAGACGAGCUCACUGGUCUUUUACUUUUGAGCCCAUUUCCUCACCGCGAAAAUGUUGAAAUCUUGAAAUUGCCUACUAGAAAAGGUACAGAGAUAGUGGCAAUGUAUAUAAGGCAUCCUAUGGCCAGCUCUACUCUCCUUUACUCUCAUGGAAACGCUGCCGAUCUGGGGCAGAUGUACGAGCUCUUCAUCGAAUUGAGCAUCCACUUGAGAGUUAAUCUUAUGGGGUAUGACUAUUCUGGGUACGGGCAAUCAUCUGGAAAGCCAAGCGAGCAGCAUACAUAUGCCGAUAUUGAAGCUGCAUAUAAGUGUCUUGAAGAAAGUUAUGGCACUAAGCAGGAAGACAUCAUUCUUUACGGACAAUCUGUUGGAAGUGGUCCCACCUUAGAUCUUGCUGCUCGAUUGCCUCAGUUACGGGCUGUUGUUCUUCAUAGUCCCAUACUUUCAGGCUUAAGAGUCAUGUACCCCGUUAAGCGUACAUACUGGUUUGACAUUUACAAGAAUAUCGACAAAAUUCCACUAGUUAAUUGUCCUGUUCUUAUAAUUCAUGGAACUUCAGAUGAAGUUGUUGAUUGCUCCCAUGGUAAACAACUCUGGGAACUUUGUAAAGAAAAAUAUGAACCACUCUGGCUCAAAGGAGGGAAUCACUGUGAUUUAGAGCACUUUCCAGAGUAUAUAAGGCAUCUGAAGAAGUUCAUAUCAACUGUUGAGAAAUCUCCUUCUCAAAGAUACAGUUCAAGGAGAAGUACAAACCAAUUCGAGCAAGCCCGCAAGAGCACUGAUGUGUAUGAGGUUUCGAGGAAAAGUACAGAUCGGAGGGAGAAACCAAGGCAUAGUACCGACAGACCCGAGAAACUAAAAAACCAGUCCAAUCAUGCUGACAAGCUCGAAAAACUCAUAAGUCAGUCCAAUAAUGCUGAUAAGUUAGAAAAAUUACGGAUGUCAUUCGAUCAACUGGAAAGGUCUCGGAGAAGUGUUGAUUGCCACGAGAAGUCCCGGAAAAGCAUUGACCACCAACUGGAAAGAGCACGAAAAAGUGUUGAUAGGUUGGAUAGAAUACGAACUGGUUGAUACUUUAUAACCAACCAAAAAGUUAUGCAUGGGAUUGGUGCUGUGGGCAAUUUAUUUGGCUUUUUAUUUCCUAAUUUAUAUGGUUUUGGGCUGCGUAAUUGGCUUGUGUUGUCUCUAUAAUAUAACUACGAGCAUUAAAUGAGAAAGGGUUUGGUGUUACAUUGGUUUAUUAUCAA